CUUCAAUUUCAUUCGGACGCCUGCUGAGUGCUGCCGCCUCCCUCUCCCUCGAGAGUAAAGUGAAAGACAGACAGUCAUCCAUUCCCAUCGCCCAUCGGAGACUCUCGGACCAUCGCGCCGUCGACGGAUUCUCGGACCUUCUCUCGUUGCUGGUCGCGGGUCGCUCCCUCCUCUCUGCGACGUGACAUCGCGACCCAGCUACAACACUCCGUCCCGUCGCGACCCAGGAAGCCUCCGCCCUCAACUCCGUCCCGUCGGCCGUCGCGACCACCUCCGAUCAGCUCCACGACGCCGAGCGACCAGCCACAGCCAGCCAGCAUCUCCGCCAUCUCGUCUCCCUCCGUUCCAAAAGACGACCCAGAACAGAAAGCCUCUGCUCCAAAAGACGACCCUGCUGUCCCUGCAUCUCGUCGCCCUCCGUUCAUCUACCAGCACAGCCGGCAACAGCUGCAAAAGUCAGAAAUAUGGAAGGGAGCAGCAGCUGGGGUAGUAAGAAGCGAGUUCCAGCAUCAAGAGAAAGUGGAAAUUGGCCUCCUCUUCCUAGUAAGAAGCGACCACAACCACAAGCUUCAAAGGCAGCUGUUGAAAGUGGGAAUAAUAGUGGAAAUGUUAAUGUUCAAGCCGCUGCCACUCAAGAACAAGAACGGCCAGCAGCUAUCAACACCACAACAACACCUGAAAUGGAGAAGACCAAUAGGGAGUAUGUUUUAAGGUCACCUGUAUGGCAGCAUUAUGAUUGUUACAAAGAUGCUAAAGGCAAGAAGAAGGCAAGGUGUCAUUACUGUGGAAAGUCACUGGCUGGGGAUCCCUCGGGAAAUGGUACAAGUUCUUUGGGUAGGCAUACUCAAAGGUGCUUAAAGAAACAAAAAGAAAAGGGGAAGCAGUUGAAUCUAGAACUCAAUCCAACUUCUGUUGAAGGGCAAGGAGUUUUGGGGACUUGGAAAUUUGAUCAAGAAUUUAUCAGAGCUGGGUUAGUUGAAAUGAUAAUUCUGGAUGAAAUGCCUUUUAGGAGUGUGGAGAAAGAAGGGUUUAAGCGCUUCAUGGCACGUGCUUGUCCGAUGUUUAAGAUUCCAAGCAGAAGAAGUAUUAGAGAAGAUUGUUUUAGAUUGUUUCUUGAACAGAAGGGCAAGUUGAGAGAUUACUUCAAGAUCAAGUGUGGAGGAAGGGUGUCCAUAACUACCGAUAGUUGGACUUCUUGUCAAAAUUUCAACUAUAUGUGCAUCACUGCACAUUUUGUUGGGAAGGAUUGGAAGUUGUACAAGAAGGUGAUAAGUUUUUGCAAGAUUACAAGUCAUAAGGGGAUUGAUCUAGGUGAUGCAAUAGCCGAUUGUUUGGAGCAUUGGGGUUUGAAAAAUAUUUUCACCGUCACAGUUGACAAUGCAAGUGCAAAUGACACG